AUGGGAUGUAAUAUGUGCGUGGUUCAGAAACCGGAGGAGCAGUACAAAGUGAUGCUUCAGGUGAACGGGAAGGAGCUCUCCAAGCUGUCUCAGGAGCAAACCCUGGAGGCCCUGCGCUCCUCCAAGGAGCCCCUAGUGAUCCAGGUGCUGAGACGCAGCCCCCGCCUCCGGGGGGACAGCUCGUGCCAUGACCUGCAGCUGGUGGACAGUGGCACUCAGACCGACAUCACCUUUGAGCAUAUCAUGGCGCUGGGCAAGCUGCGCCCGCCCACCCCGCCCAUGGUCAUCCUGGAGCCGUACGUCCUGUCUGAGCUCCCCCCCAUCAGCCAUGAGUAUUAUGACCCAGCGGAGUUCAUGGAGGGCGGCCCACAGGAGGCAGACCGUAUGGACGAGCUGGAGUAUGAGGAGGUGGAGCUGUAUAAGACCAGCCACCGAGACAAGCUAGGCCUGAUGGUUUGCUACCGCACGGACGAUGAGGAGGACCUGGGCAUCUAUGUUGGAGAGGUGAAUCCCAACAGCAUUGCAGCCAAAGACGGCCGGAUCCGCGAGGGCGACCGGAUCAUCCAGAUAAAUGGCGUGGACGUCCAGAACCGGGAAGAGGCGGUGGCCAUUCUGAGCCAGGAGGAGAACACCAACAUCUCGCUGCUGGUGGCCCGGCCUGAGAGCCAGCUGGCAAAGCGGUGGAAGGACAGUGACCGGGAUGACUUUCUGGAUGACUUUGGCUCUGAGCAUGAGGGGGAGCUGCGCGCACGGAAGCUGAAACCCCCCGCUGCCCAGCAGCUUGGCAACGAAGAGGAGAAAGGGGUCCCCGAUGUGGGCACGGGCCUGAGCAACAGCCAGGAGCUGGACAGUGGGGUGGGCCGCACCGACGAGAGCACCCGCACCGAGGAGAGCUCCGAGCACGACCUGCUGGGCGACGAGCCCGCCAGCGCCGCCGACACCCCCGGGGCCCUGCGCAAGAGCCGUGACCUGCACUUCAGCAUGGACUCCCUGCUGGCCGAGGGGGCAGCGCUGGGUGGGGGCGACCUCCCGGGCCUCACGGAGGAGGAGUACGAGCGCUACCGCGAGCUGCUGGAGAUCAAGGGCCACCUGGAGAACGGCAACCAGCUGGGCCUCCCCUUCCCCAGGGCGUCUGGCGGCGGCAACAGCGCCCUGGAUGUGAACCGCAACGAGAGCUUGGGCCACGAGAUGGCCAUGCUGGAGGAGGAGCUGCGACACUUGGAGUUCAAGUGCCGCAACAUCCUGCGGGCGCAGAAGAUGCAGCAGCUGCGUGAGCGCUGCAUGAAGGCCUGGCUGCUGGAGGAGGAGGGUCUCUACGACCUGGGGGCCGGCGAGCCCAAGAAGCACGAGCUGUCGGACAUCUCCGAGCUGCCAGAGAAGUCGGACAAGGACAGUACCAGCGCCUACAACACCGGGGAGAGCUGCCGCAGCACCCCGCUGCUCGCAGAGCCCCUGCCGGAGAGCCCCCUGCGGCGGGCCACCGCCGGCAACUCCAACUUGAACCGGACCCCUCCCGGCCCCGCCGGCCCCACCCACCCCAAGGCAGCCCCUCCGCAGGGGAGCCCCGCCAAGUUCCGAUCUCUCUCCCGGGAUCCCGAGCUGGGCCGGAGACCGCACUCGGAGGAGCGAGUCCGCCGGAGCCCCAAGCCAGGCGUGACCCUGGAGCGCGUGGGCCCUGAAGGCAGCCCUUACCUCUCGCGGCGCCACCGCGGCCAGGGCCAAGAGAGCGAGCACUACCACAGCUGUGUGCAGCUGGCCCCGCCGCGCGGCCUGGAAGAGCUGGGCCACGGGCCCCUCACUCUGGCCGGCGGCCCCCGGGUGGGCGGGGCAGCGGCGGCCACCGAAGCCCCCCGCAUGGAGUGGAAGGUCAAGGUGCGCAGCGAUGGGACCCGCUAUGUGGCCAAGCGGCCGGUGCGCGAUCGCCUCCUCAAAGCCCGGGCCCUGAAGAUCCGGGAGGAGCGCAGCGGCAUGACCACCGACGAUGAUGCGGUGAGCGAGAUGAAGAUGGGCCGCUACUGGAGCAAGGAGGAGCGGAAGCAGCACCUGAUCCGGGCCCGGGAGCAGCGGAAGCGGCGCGAGUUCAUGAUGCAGAGCCGGCUGGAGUGCCUGCGGGAGCAGCAGAACGGCGACAGCAAGGCCGAGCUCAACAUCAUUGCCUUGAGCCACCGCAAAACCAUGAAGAAGCGGAACAAGAAGAUUCUGGACAACUGGAUCACCAUCCAGGAGAUGCUGGCCCACGGCACUCGCUCCGCCGACGGCAAGCGGGUCUACAACCCUCUGCUCUCCGUCACCACUGUCUGA